CUAGCUUUCUUCUUGGGCCUCUUGCAGAGUCAUAGACCCCUGGUUCCUCCUCUAUGGUUAUUUUCCCUCUCAGAAAAGUGGUAACCUCUUGCGGGGAUUACUAUACGAAAAAACGAGGGUUUUGGGUCAGUCAGUUUGUCAAUAAUCUCGAUGUUACAGAAGAGUCGUGGAAUGGUUUAUUAAAAAAGGUGCUACAGAAUUAAAUAUCAAUAUCAACAGUAAUGUGACAGCCAAGUUGGUGGAUGAAGUUGAGCUAGAGCUACUAAAAGAAAAAAACUGAAGACUGUAAAUUAAAUCGUAUAAAAAAUAGGGAAACCACCAUAUUGUGAACGGAUCUCCCAACUGCUUGGGCAGCUAUGGGGAAAAGAGAGAUUGAAGUGGGUCAGCGGCUAGCCUCCUUAAAAGAAAAAUUAAUUCAAAUGGAUACAAAGUAUUCAAAACAGCUGGAAGCAUUAAGAAAGAAAUGAAGUUCAAGGUUUUUUUCUUCUCAUUUUACCAAUAUUAUUUAGUCUGUGUAUGAAUUAUAUACUUAUUUGAUAUGGGCAUAUUCCGUUUCAUAAAUUGUUAAAACUUUUCAGGAAUUAGACUUCGGGAAAUCAAGUGCAAGAAGAUUAAACAAAAUGCUGAGGCGCAUGGUAAAUUGGUAAAAUGAAACAACACAUGACCUAUUACUUUGGAUCAAUUGUUUUCACUAAUGGAGAUUUAUUCCACAAUCUUCAGCUUCCCACGCAGACACUCACCCACAAAACCAUGGAGUGAUAGAUGAUAUAAAAAUUAAUUAUUUAAAAAAUUUUUAUUUUAGGUUAUUGAUCAGAGUCAGAGAACAAUGUGUGGAAUAUGAUAUUCUAGCCCUGGAAACCCCAGGUGACUUUCUGCUUCAACAAGGCUAUAAAGCAAUUAUAAUUUCAGGAGAAGUGUAUACAAAUGUUCAGGGUGAAAUCGAUAUAAUGAUUGAGCCAAAAAAGAACUUUAUACUACUUUUGAACAGGUCCUAACUAGUGUAAGCGAUUGAUACCCCACUAUAUACGACCCAGCAAUCUUUAGGCUGCGGUCUUCCAGUGCUGGGAAUUUUUCAUGGCAAGCAAAUACCCAACAACAAGUUAGGUAACCAGUUCUGUUUUAUAUCACAUUUUUAUCAUUCAAAUUGUUCUUUUCAGCAGUAUUUACAUGUCAGAAAUAACAUUUAUGUAGUAAAAUAAUUCGAAUGUUUUUAUGUUUUCGUUUCAUGACUCAUCAUAACGAUUCCGAAAUUGUUCGUCAGUUGCGCCUUCACGGCCGUGUAGUAGAACCUCUAGAAGACUUCCAUAAAAAUAAGGUAAGAGCCUUAGAUCGUGAGCUGGGUUCGCCCGCAGAAUUACUGGAACGUCACCCGUUUCCUGGUCCCGGUUUGUCAGUUGGAAUCAUUUACGCCGAAGAACCGUUCUCCGAAGUUGAUUUCGAUGAGACGCAAGUGUUGAUUCGUUUGAUGGUCCCUUAUGCCAACAUAGCAGCCAAGGAACAUGCCUUGCUCAAUCGGAUUGAAAUCACGACGUCGAAAGAAGAGCGUAUUCUUCUGGAAGAACUGUCCAGUCACAACCAGUAUGUUGCCACGCUACUGCCUAUUCGCACUGUCGGUGUUCAGGUACAGGAGGUUGCAGAAAAAUGUGUUGGGUAUGGCAAACAAAACAUAGGAAAAACUGCCACAUUUUUCUGCAAUAUACUGUACAGAAGAUUCGCAAUUUAGACGUUUUCGUAAUAAUGCCGCGAUCGUAAUCAGCUCUUAUUCAAGGGAGACGAUAGGUGCCACCGUAUCUACGCCAAGGUAUUUUUUUUUCUCUUGUCUAGAUCUUUUAAUGGCCAGUGGUAUGUCCUUGAUGCUCGUCUUAUCGAAACAUUUUUUUACUUUUUUUUAAUUUUUUUAUUGUGGGACUGGAUAUUUGUGGAUCAAAUCCCAUUAGAGGUAAAAAGUACGCAUUAUGUUUGCUGAUUCACUUUAUUGACGUUAUCACUAACAGUUUACAAGCGUUUUAGUAAUUUACAUUGGGCUACUUUAAAUUAUUAUAACAAGUGUGAACAAGUUACCUUUAAGCUCCUGGUAAAAGUUGAAUGUAAAAAUGUAUGACUCAUGGCUAAACGUUAGAGCAUCGGAGCGGUACGCCGAAGGUUUAGGGUUCGAUUCCCAAAAGAGUCAAGUUACAUCUCAAAGUAAUAAUAAAUUCCAUCGGAAAAAAAAA